CACUUUAGAUUCUCUCUCCUCCUUUCUCUCUCUAAAACUCUUUUAACUCCCAUUUGCAAUAAUUUCGUCCUUUCUCUCUCUAAAAACCCUCUUUUUUCCACUGUCUUUUUCAAUCUCCAUUAUUCAUUAAUCUUACUUCACAAGAAGUUUCAACCAAAUUUAAUUCAUACAAAAGAAAACAUACCCACCUCCUCAAAUUUUUUUUUUACAGGUAGAUAAAAAUAUUAGAAAGAGGGAGAAAGAAGAACAAAGAAAAGAAUCACUAUUUCUCGCUCUAAAAACCACAAAAAAUAAUAAAAGAAUAGAGAUUGAAGAAAAAGACCCACCUUAUUUUUUUGGUUUUUUUUUUUUUUUUUUUAAUUUGAGCCGACAAUUUCAUAGAUAUUAUAUUGUGGGCAUUUCUGUGUGAGUUAUUUCUCCAUCUCACAUCUCUCACUCUCUCUCUUUCUCUCUCUGAAAACUUACUUUAAUGGUGAGUUCUUGUGAAUGAUUGUGGAGGAGAGAGAAAAUGAGAAAUUAAAGCUAUAAUCUUUGAUGGGUUUGCGUCUUUUAAGUAAAUCUGGCUAAAAAGUUUUCAGAUUGAUUUUGAUUUUGAGGUUUCUGGGAUUUUGAGGGUGUGAUUAAUGGACACAAAGGGAAGGCUAGUUGCUGGUUCCCACAACAGAAAUGAGUUCGUUCUUAUUAAUGCUGAUGAUAUUGGCAGGGUGACAUCUGUGAAAGAAUUGAGUGGGCAGCUUUGUCAAAUUUGUGGAGAUGAGAUAGAGAAUACUAAGAAUGAUGAGCCAUUUGUUGCUUGCAAUGAGUGUGCUUUCCCUGUGUGUAGACCUUGUUAUGACUAUGAAAGAGGAGAAGGCAAUCAAGCUUGCCCUCAAUGCAAAACUCGCUACAAGCGUAUUAAAGGGUGUGCGAGAGUUGAGGGUGAUGAAGAUGAGGAUGACCUUGAUGAUAUAGAAAAUGAGCUUAAAUAUGUGAGCGAGGAUAGGGACCCUCAGCACAUUGCAGAAUCCGUUUUUUCUUCCCGGCUCAACGUUGGCCGGGCCCCAUCCAAUGCCUCUGGUCUUUCAACACCGGCAGAGUUAGAUCCAGCUGCCGUUUCAUCAGAACAACAGCUUCUUUUAACUUAUGGGCAAGAAGAUGCUGGUAUUUCCCCAGAUAGACAUGCUUUAAUGAUCCCGCCAUUUAUUACUCGUGGGAAGAAAGUCCAUCCUGUACCAUUUCCUGAUUCUGCAAUGUCCUUGCCACCUAGACCAAUGGACCCCAAGAAAGAUCUAGCUGUUUAUGGAUAUGGUAGUGUUGCUUGGAAAGACAGAAUGGAAGAGUGGAAGAGAAGGCAGAAUGACAAACUUCAAAUGGUCAAACACCAAGGGGAGAAUGGAAACUACGAUGGAGGGGAACCUGAGGAUCCCGAUCUUCCAAAGAUGGAUGAAGGAAGGCAGCCACUCUCAAGAAAACUACCUAUUUCAUCAAGCAAGAUCAAUCCCUACAGGAUUGUCAUCAUUCUUCGUCUUGUAGUUCUGGGUCUCUUCUUUCACUAUAGAAUUCUCCACCCAGUUAAUGAUGCAUUUGCACUGUGGUUGUUAUCAGUCAUUUGUGAAAUUUGGUUUGCUAUGUCGUGGAUUUUGGAUCAGUUUCCGAAAUGGCAACCCAUCGAACGGGAAACUUAUCUCGAUAGGCUUUCACUAAGGUAUGAGAAGGAAGGCAAGCCGUCUGAGUUAGCGCCGGUUGAUAUAUUUGUGUCUACUGUCGACCCUUUGAAGGAACCUCCACUUAUUACAGCAAACACAGUUCUUUCCAUUCUUGCUGUGGACUACCCAGUGGACAAGGUUUCAUGCUAUGUCUCAGAUGAUGGUGCAGCUAUGCUUACCUUUGAAGCACUUUCUGAGACCUCUGAGUUUGCAAGAAAAUGGGUUCCGUUUAGCAAGAAGUACCAAAUCGAACCUCGUGCUCCUGAAUGGUAUUUCUCUCAGAAGGUUGAUUAUCUUAAAGAUAAAGUGCAUCCUGCAUUUGUCAGGGAGCGUCGUGCCAUGAAGAGAGACUAUGAAGAGUUUAAAGUCCGGAUAAAUGGGCUGGUUUCCAUGGCACAGAAAGUUCCUGAGGAGGGUUGGACUAUGCAAGAUGGAACCCCAUGGCCUGGAAACAAUGUUAGGGAUCAUCCUGGAAUGAUACAGGUUUUCCUUGGCCAAAAUGGUGUGCGUGACUUGGAUGGAAAUGAGCUGCCUAAACUUGUUUAUGUUUCUCGUGAGAAGAGACCUGGAUUUGAUCACCACAAAAAAGCUGGUGCCAUGAAUUCCUUGAUUAGAGUUUCAGCUGUUCUGUCAAAUGCACCAUACCUACUUAACGUGGAUUGUGAUCACUACAUUAACAACAGUAAGGCUCUUCGUGAAGCCAUGUGCUUCAUGAUGGAUCCCAUUUCAGGGAAGAAAAUAUGCUAUGUACAGUUCCCUCAGAGGUUUGAUGGCAUUGAUAGGCACGAUCGAUACUCUAACCGUAAUGUUGUUUUCUUUGAUAUCAACAUGAAAGGAUUGGAUGGUAUCCAAGGACCAAUAUAUGUCGGGACAGGUUGUGUUUUCAGAAGACAGGCACUUUAUGGGUAUGAUGCCCCAAAACAGAAGAAGCCCAUUGGCAAAACUUGUAAUUGCUGGCCAAAAUGGUGUUUCUGCUGCUUCUGCUGUGGACCCAGAAAGAAGAGCCAAAAAUCAAAGAACAAGAAUAACAAGCUCAAGGAAAGCAAAAAGAAGUCCAAAAACAAGGAUUCAUCCACACAAAUACAUGCUCUUGAAAACAUUGAAGAAGGAAUUGAAGGAAUUGAUAAUGAAAAGUCCGCUCUUAUGCCCCAAGUGAAAUUCGAGAAGAAAUUUGGUCAGUCCCCAGUCUUCAUAGCUUCAACACUUAUGGAGGAUGGUGGAAUCCCUCACGGGGUAAGUGAAGCAUCGUCUUUGAAGGAGGCCAUCCAUGUUAUCAGCUGUGGGUACGAGGAUAAAUCUGAAUGGGGAAAAGAGGUUGGUUGGAUUUAUGGUUCAGUCACAGAAGAUAUCUUGACUGGCUUUAAAAUGCAUUGCCAUGGUUGGAGGUCAGUAUACUGCAUGCCAAAAAGACCUGCUUUUAAAGGGUCUGCUCCCAUUAAUCUUUCUGAUCGUCUCCACCAAGUUCUUCGGUGGGCAUUGGGAUCAGUAGAAAUUUUGUUGAGCAAACACUGCCCCAUUUGGUAUGCGUAUAACAGUGGUCUCAAACCACUUGAGCGGUUCUCUUAUAUUGCCUCCGUUGUGUAUCCAUUGACAUCCAUUCCGUUGCUAAUCUACUGUACUCUCCCAGCCGUCUGUCUUCUCACCGGGAAGUUCAUUGUUCCUGAGAUCAGCAGCUAUGCCAGUCUUUUGUUUAUGGGCCUCUUUAUUUUCAUUGCGGUAACAAGUGUCCUCGAAAUGCAAUGGGGGCAUGUUCAAAUUGAUGAUUGGUGGAGGAACGAACAAUUUUGGGUGAUUGGAGGUGUAUCUUCUCAUCUUUUUGCCCUCUUCCAAGGUCUCCUAAAGGUUCUUGCUGGUGUGGACACGAACUUUACUGUCACUUCCAAAGCAGCAGAUGACGGAGAAUUCUCCGAUCUUUACUUAUUUAAGUGGACUUCCCUCUUGAUCCCACCCAUGACUUUGCUCAUCAUAAACAUCAUUGGGGUUAUAGUUGGUAUAUCAGACGCCAUCAAUAACGGGUACGAGUCAUGGGGCCCGCUCUUCGGUAGGCUCUUCUUUGCCUUGUGGGUCAUCAUGCAUCUUUACCCCUUCCUCAAGGGUAUGAUGGGAAAACAAGACCGUCUUCCCACAAUCAUCAUCGUCUGGUCUAUCUUACUCGCCUCGAUUUUCUCUCUUCUCUGGGUCAGAAUAAACCCGUUCACAGCCAGAGGCGGUAUUGUACUAGAAGUUUGUGGGUUGGAUUGUGAUUAGUACAGCAAAAAUUUUGGUGGUUAUGAAGAAUUUUGUGUGUAGAAAAAGAAAUAUAUAUUGGGAAAGUUGCAGAAUGCAAGAGCCACAACUAUGUUGUUGAAAAAGGCAAUCAUCGAAGGAGAAAAAUCAGAUUGUGUUAUUGUGUAGAUAAAGCUGGGAAGCUGACACACUGAAAAAUUUGUUAUCAGAAAACAUGUUGAUUCAUUCUUUUGAUACACGUUGUUAUUUGUGCGUCAAGUUGAGGGAUUAUUGAUAUCAGGGCAUUUCUGUAAUCCCCAUGAACAUAAAGGAGUUCUUUUAAAGAAAAGUUGGUAAUCCAUCAUUUAUAUGCCCUCCCUUGUUAAUAAGGGACUUCAAAUGUUGUGUCACUCUGUAGUUUUGUGAUUACACAAGGACCAAUUUUUUAUUUAUUUUUGGGUUUCUUUAGACUGUGAAGUUGAUAGCGUAUUACUCUUAUAUUGUUAUUAUUUUGUUCGGAUUAGUGUAUCAAUAAAGUGUUCUCACUUACUGUUUAUACGAAAUUACCACUUGAAUAUUUUUUCAA